AUGUCGCACUCUCACGACGGAUCUGCCCCUCACUCUCACUCGCAUGAUGGCUUCAAUGCCGUUGAGCAUGGCCACUCGCAUGAGAUCCUCGAUGGACCUGGUAGCUUCCUAGGCCGCGAGAUGCCCAUCGUUGAAGGUCGCGAUUGGUCUGACAGAGCUUUUACCAUUGGCAUUGGAGGUCCCGUCGGCUCCGGAAAGACUGCCCUCAUGCUUGCCCUGUCCCUCGCCCUUCGAAAGGAAUACUCCCUUGCCGCCGUGACAAACGACAUCUUCACCCGUGAAGACGCAGAGUUCCUCACCCGCAACAAGGCCCUUCCACCUCCUCGCAUCCGCGCCAUUGAGACCGGCGGUUGCCCACACGCUGCGGUCCGAGAAGACAUCUCCCAGAACCUCGCAGCAUUGGAAGACCUGCACCGCGAAUUCGACACCGAUCUGCUGCUUAUUGAAUCCGGAGGCGACAACCUCGCAGCGAACUAUAGUCGCGAAUUGGCCGAUUUCAUCAUCUACGUUAUCGACGUGAGCGGCGGCGACAAGAUCCCUAGGAAGGGUGGCCCCGGUAUCACGCAGAGUGAUCUUUUGAUUGUGAACAAGACCGAUCUAGCAGAAAUUGUAGGCGCGGAUCUUGGUGUCAUGGAGAGGGAUGCUAGGAAGAUGCGAGAGGGAGGACCGACAGUCUUCGCGCAGGUAAAGAAGGAUGUUGGCGUGAAUCAUAUCGUCAACUUGAUCAAGAGCGCAUGGAAAGCCAGUGGUGCAGAGGAGGAGAGACGAAGCAAAGGAGGUCCCAGACCGACAGAAGGUUUGGAGCAACUGGAGUAA